AUGCAAGUCUGUCGAAUCGACAUUCAUCCCAUCCAAGGACUUGUUCUCGGCUCCUGCGACUACUGCGAUGUCUACCUGACACAUGACUCGAUGAGUGUGCGCAAGGCGCAUAACUCCGGUCGAAACCACCUGAGAAACGUGGUCGACUACUAUCAACAAAUCGGUCAAGAAAAGGCCCAGUCCGUCAUCGACUCCAUCACUUCCUCCUACGCCGCAGAGGGCCAACAAGCCCCCAACAUGAUGCCCCCCGGUGCAUUCCCGCCUCCUCCCUUCCCCGGAUUCCCUGGUCGCCCCGGCAUGCCCCCUCCACCCUUUGGCAUUCCACCACCAGGCGCCCCCGGCGCCCCAGCCAUGAUUCCUCGUACGCUCCCCAUACUCACAAGUUCCAGAUCCCCACCAUACCCAACCCCAACCCCAUACCCAAACCCAUCUCAAACAAUCAAGCUAAUCAUCUCCCCACCCAACAGCCCCAGGAGUCCACGGCCUCCCAUUCCCACCUCCCUUCCCCAACUCCGCCGGAACCCCACCAACAGGCGGCUUCCCCCGCCACCGAACCUGCCCCACGGCGCGCCCAUCCCGCCGCCCGGUGGCUUCCCGAACUUCCCGAUGCCUGCGCCUGGCGCUCCUGGGUUCCCACCGCCUAUCCCGGGUCAGCCGAUGGCUGGUAUGCCUGCGCCUGGUGGUCCGUCGCCGAUUCCGACGGGUCCGCGUGGGUUGGAGGCGUAUCCUCCUCCUCCUGGUGGGCCUUCUAGUGGGAUGGAUCAGAGGUGGUGA